AGUCAGUGAGAGCUAGUCGUGUCGAGCGGGUGUUCGUAGGCAUAUUUUCUCGGUAUAAAUUCAUUAUAACUGAAAUUCAUCGACGCAAAAGAAGUAUUUUGACUGUUGACUAUAAAUACCGGAUACACGCGUUGUCGGAGCGUAAAGCCGCAUUUUCUCUUAAGAACUUUUAUUCUAUAUCUUUGUGCAUUUCAGUUGUGACAUUUAGUUGGCAAAAUGGUACGAGGUCUUUCACAAUGGACUAAAACUUUGAGCUUUCCAGCUAGAGUAUCACCUCAAAAACCUAGCAAAGAAUCAAAGUUUCAUGUAAGCCCUAGUAUAAGCCCCAUAUUACCACCGAGUCCUAUCAACGAUAAUAUGGAUAAAACACCAAUCAUCACUGACGAGACUUUUCAAGACAUGGAAACCGAGAAAACAAUUAUGGGAUCUAUUGUUUACUGUAUUCAUCACAAAGAUGGCUGUAAAUGGUCUGAUGAACUUAGGAAAUUAAAGGCUCAUCUCAAUACAUGUAAGCACGAUGCAAUACCUUGCAACAAUCAAUGCGGUGCAAUGAUUCCUCGUGUAUUAAUGGAAGAUCACCUCAAGUAUACGUGUGCACAGCGCCGUGCAAGAUGCGAAUCUUGUGCUAAAGAGUUCACUGGGCUUGCUUUAGAAAAGCAUAUCGGCAGUUGUGGUUAUGAACCUCUGUAUUGUGAGAAUAAAUGUGGUAUGAAAAUUCAAAGAAGACACCUCGGUCAACAUAAGCUAGGAGAGUGUGCAAAAAGACUUGUAGCUUGUAGGUAUUGCAGCAAAGAAUUUGUAUUUGAUACACUUGGUAGUCAUCAUGCAAAAUGCGGCCGUUUUCCUAUUGCUUGCCCACAUCGCUGUGAGACUGCUGUGUUACCCCGAGAAGAACUGGAAAUUCAUCUCAAAAAUCAUUGCACUACACAUCUUCUUCCGUGUAAUUUUAAAGAUGCUGGAUGUCGUUUUAAGGGAAAUCGUUCAGCGCUUGAUAAACAUUUAGAGGAAUCCACCAAGAUGCAUUUGAGUUUUAUGUGUGGUGUUGUCACAAAACAACAGCAUCAAAUAACAAUUUUGAAAUCUGCUAUGGCUAAGCUUUCUCUCAAUUAUACCGGUACACUUAUUUGGAAAAUAAGUGAUUAUACACAAAAAAUGUCAGAAGCAAAAGCUAAAGAGGGAAUGGAACUCAUAAGUCCUCCUUUUUACACUAGUCAGUAUGGGUACAAACUUCAGGCAUCGAUUUUCUUAAAUGGAAACGGAACAGGGGAAAGAAGUCACAUUUCAAUCUAUAUAAAAAUUUUGCCAGGUGAAUACGAUGCUUUACUUCGCUGGCCGUUUGCUCACAGUGUUUCAUUUACUAUGUUUGAUCAAACUGCUCAAGCAGACAAAGCUUGUAACAUUGUGGAAAGUUUUAUUCCUGAUCCUACAUGGAAAAACUUUCAAAGACCCAGUCGGGAACCAGAUUCCUUAGGCUUUGGUUUUCCAAGAUUUGUGUCACAUGAAAUGAUAAAAAAGCGUCACUUUAUCAAAGAUGAUACAAUGUUUAUAAGAGUUAAAGUCGAUCCUAGUAAAAUUGUUGCAGUCUAGGAGUUUUAUAUAGGGCAAAGGUACUGUUUCUGGCCAGUUUGGACACUUAAAACAUUCAAAUAGAACCCUAGCAGAUCCGAAUUACGGUAAAUUACGGUAAUUACCGUAAGUUACCUUAAUUCGCGUCAUCCAGCAGAAUUGCCGUAAUUUACGGCAAAAUGCGGCAAUUUACGGUAAAUGUAGUAAUUUACGGUAAUUUUCCGCAGUUUAUGGCGAUUUACGGUCAAAUUUGGUAAUUGCAGUAUUCUACCUAAUUUGCGGUAAAAUUCGGUAAUUCUGCUGGAUACCUAGAGUUGCGGUAAAUUACGGUAAUUACCGUAAUUCGGAUCUGCUAGGGAAUAAUUUUUAAAAUACACACUGACAUAAUUAAUUUUUUAUGUGUAUUCAAAGAUACUUUUAUUACACUAUUAAAGAGAAAGUUCUUUUAAUAAGUAAUUUUUGGUUAAUUAUAAUAAACAACUAAAUGUUCAAAAAUUGAGCAGUGGCCACAAAUGACACUCCUGCCCUAAUGCGAUUUAUUUUUCUUUAAUCCAUACGAAGUUGUACAUUAUUAUAGCAACAAACCGAACAAAAACAAAAACUGACUGUAAAAUGAAUUUAAAUGCAUUGUGAUCCCACAAUUUAUCUCAGAGAAAUAAUUUAGUAAAAUAAACCCUUAGCGGAUCUGAAUUACGAUAAAUUACGGUGAUUACCUUAAUUUGGAUCCGCUAGGGCUUAUACUUUAUACAUUAAGAAUUAAAUUUAAUAUGUAAAUACUUUUUAAAAAUUAAACUCGAAUUAAGACACUUGUAAAUAGAUCUACUGUUGUAAAAAUUUCUAAGUAACAUAUAUUAAAAUCGUGAUUGAAAUGCUAGUG